AAUUUUCCAGAAUAUAAACAAAGACAGGCUAAAACGGGCCAGGUUGUAGCGAACAGCAUAAGGGACUGAAUCCAGGGCAAAUUGUGCUUUCUGUUCCUUGUCAAAGAUUACAUCUGUUCACUCACUUUUAAGCACGUAAUAUACGGAACUGACAAAAAAACCUCUCCUAAACGAAAAUUAAAAACAGGACUACCAUUACGAUGACUGGGGUCGGUUCUGCUCUGUUUGGGCUUCUUUAUGUCAGUCAAAUAUGGCAACAUUGAUCUUGACACACAGGCCAGAGGUUUCAGUUUUGAUUUCAGCGGCUCAUGUCGAUAAUACUGUUCAAUACCUGUUACGUUAAGAAGGUUAGUUGGUGUGAAUAUCGCCAAGUAAUUACGCACUGGUCCCACCCCUACACGCAGGAAGGACUUUAGGUGUGAUUGCAAAACUCAUUGGACUUGACUCUAAAUGCUGCGGUGACAACGAGGUGUAUGAGUAAUGGCAGAUAAGGUGCUUGCCAGCGUGAGAACUAAGUUUGUGGAGCGGAUAUCAAAUGAACUGAUCAAGCAGCUCCUGGACGAUCUUUUAGAGGAUGUUGUCUUGAAUGAAGGGGAGAAAGACGCAAUACUUGAAGAGAACAAAAGCAGAGCUGACAAGGCACGCUGUCUCAUUGACACAGUGAAGAAGAAAGGAGAUGAAGCCAGCAGGAAGCUGAUUGCUCACCUUCAAAGCAGAGAUCUGAUGCUGUACUCCACCUUGGGUCUGUCCUCUGUUCAGCCUCUUUAACCAGCCACUGUGUCUCAAGAGUAGCAGAAGAGGCCAUUCACACUCAUCCCUACCACUGAAGCAUCGUGGACAGAGAAAAUAACGAAUGAAGAGCUUCAUCCUGCAAUAUUUAAAGCCAUUUUGGAUAACAGAGAUGUUGAAAAUUAAUUUCCAGAUCUACUCUCAGAUUUGGCAUCACUCUGUAUAAGGUUAAAAAAAGUUUUACCGCAAAAGGACCACUGAGUUGGGUCAUGUGACCACAUUGCAUUCAUUCACAGUUCAUUCAUAUUCAAAAUCUGUUCAUGUAUAUUAAUGCAUAGUAUAUAAAAAUGUUUUCAGAAAAUCUUGGACUGGGUUCAGAGACACGGGACACAGGAAUGCUGGGAUAUUUUUCAUAUUUGUAACAAUUUAAAUAGUAUUUGAAUAGUUUAAAUAGUAUUUUUCAUCUGGUAUUUUUCAAGGGGUAGGUCAUGUAAGAAUAUUUAGUGGGGAUGACAAAUAUGAUUUCACUGCCAUGUAAUUCCUCUGAAAUACAAAGUACAGGUCUAUUUUUGCUGGUGGAGAAAUAUCAUUAAAAAUUAAUUCAAGUGACUUAAAAUGUAAUUACAACCACUUCCUGGGAGCCCUGCUCUGUCAUUAUGAAUUCACAUUUUGUGCAUAAUGGUUUGUGGACGAUUUGUAACAUUUACUUGAAUACAGUAAGUUUGCAAUAAGACAAUUCUGUAAAAUGGUUUCAUUAAGAACUUUUAUUAGAAAAAUAAAAUUGUGUGAUCAUAA